AUGACGAACCACGCACCAGCGCCACCGCCUCAAAUGAGAGCUCCGCAGCUCCCGACGGCGUGGGAGAGGCACGCCGAGAUGAUGCAGCACAACUCUUCCAUCCGACACCCCGUCUUCUUCACGGAGAAGCUACGGCGGCCGCCGCCGUCGUUCGGGCCCGGGAUGGCCAUGAGUCCCGUAGCGCAUGGCUAUGUCUACCAGGACGGGCGGAGGGCCGAUGGGAACUCGGCGCCAAAGCUUUGA